CCCCCCCCCCCCCCCCCCCCCCAUUUAUAGAGCCUGUGAUUUUUCUGCACGGUAGGGGAAUAAGAGAGACGCCAGGAAGGAUUCCCCAGCACUAUGGAGCCACGCAUUGCAGACAGCCGUGAAAGGUGACAGUGAAAUGAAUUGCAGAGCAUAUGACAGUCAGCUGUACACACUGUGCUGCUGCACAUAGAGGCAACAAUACUAUCUGCAUCAAGUUGUGGAGUCUGUGAAGCAAACAGCACCAUCAUGUUCUACGGUUCUUCUUCUGGGGCGAGUAUGUCCCUGCCGUCCAAGAGCCGCUUGAAACGUCAGAGCAGGACCUUCACACAGGUCCUGUACCGUACGUUAAGCUACAGAGACCGUGUUCCUACAGACACUGGAACAAACACCCGAGGGGACCGGCGCUCGACGACUGAGCCUCCGGAGCGGCCGGCCGACGACCCGGCUGAGCUCUCCACGCAGAGCUCGGCCCCCGGCGUGUUGAAGAUUUUCGGAGAUGAAAUCUGCGCCGGUGCCAACUACAAGAGCGUCCUGGCCACACCACGCUCCAGCGCGCAGGAACUUGUGAAAGAGGCACUCGAGCGCUACUCGCUCAACAAGGAUGCUGCCCACUCUUAUGUCCUGUGUGAUGUGAUCGGACGUUUCGAGGGAGGGGGCGUGAUCGGUGGGGGAGGAGGAGGAGGAGGGUGGCGGACUGAAUGCUUGCGAGCGCUGGGGGACAAUGAAAAGCCGCUGUUGCUCCAAGAGCUGUGGAAACCCCGAGAAGGACACGCACGUAGGUUUGAGCUGCGCAGAAGAGCAGAGGUGGAGGAACUAAACGCUAAGGAGAAGGAUACGAUCACGGCUGAUAUUAAUGCCCAGGCUCGUAAGCUCCAGAGGAACAGGGCGAAGGGGACGCUGACCCUGCCCCGAUCCAGCAACUCAUCCUUCUGUCGCAGCCUCAGCGAGACUAGCCUCAACCAGCUGGGAUUGGGAGAGGAGCCCAAGCGUUAUUACUCCACCCUGCCAGGACCACUAAGGGGCCGAGAACGCGAGGGGACCUCCAGCAGCCGGAGAAAAGAGGAGGGCAGUCAGGGAGGAGGAGGAGGGGUGAAGCACUCUCUGUACCAGUCCCCUCAUCUUCUGCUGCUUCAGGGAUUCAAUCGGCAGGACUGCCUUGUGUACCUGCUGAACAGGGAGCAGCACACGGUCGGUCAGGAGACUCCAUCAGCUCGUCCCAACAUCUGCCUCUUCUCCCCCGACAUCCUGCCUCUCCACUGCCGCUUACGCCGAGUCCCCGCGCCCCGUCGCCACGCCAGCAGCAACAACAAAGGAGAAGAGCAGGGGGAGAGUCAGCGAUUCUGCGUUGCAGUCGAGCCCGUGCUCAACGCCACAGUCCUGGUGAACUUUUCCCGCUGCGAGCGCUCCACCACGCUGCGGCACGGUGACCUCCUUUCCUUCGGAGCACAUUACAUCUUUCUGUACAAGGACCCCACAGGUUCUAAGCCGCUACCCGCGCAGACCUUGGCACGCCUUCGCACACUGGGGCAGCUUUACGACGCAGGGGCGGAGGAGGGAGAGGGCGGGGCUCAGACUUGUAAGAUGUGUGGCUCCGUGCUGAAGGACAGAGCAGCGCAGGUGUCGAGUGCCCCGGCGGUCAGACGCGGUUUCAAACCUCACCUGGUAAAACCCCGCAGCGUGGGGACGUCAACAGGAGGGCCAGUUACUGUGUCAGGGGGUGAUGGAGGAGGAAGAGGAGCUGGAGGAGGUCAGAAAAGGAGGCUGCAGCUGGAGUUUGACCAGGCUCAUGAAGACCAGUUGCUAAACAGGAUCGUGUCUCUCAUAGAACCUGGAGGAGAUGACCACAAGCUGACACCUGCCUACCUGCUGUGCAUGUGCAUACAGCACUCUGCAUCGACAUUCCCACCUGGAAGUUUUGGAAAACUGCUGCUCAAGAUCGUCCGGCGAAUCCAGAGCAUAGCAUGGGAGAAGACAAAGGAGCUGGCGCAGAAGCAAGCUCAGCAUAGCCAGGACCCGGCCUCGCUGUCUCUGCUCAGCAUCUCAGACCUGGUCCCAGACCUGCAGACCAUUUUCUUCUGGAUGUCCAACUCUAUCGAGAUCCUCUACUUUAUACAGCAAAGAGCACCAGCAUACACACACAGCAUAGAGACACUGCAAGGGUCAAAGGAGUCGUUGCUAUCAGCGACCAUAUCAGCCAAUGAGGAGGCUAUGACAAUCUUGGAAGAAGUAAUCAUGUACACUUUCCAGCAGUGUGUCUACUAUAUCACCAAGGCUCUUUAUGUGGUGUUACCGGGUCUGUUGGACUGUAAUCCAUUUCCAGUCGACAGCUCUGAGCCCUGCUGGAAAGGAGGCGUGGGGUUUCCUGAACCUGUGCGAAGGGUCUUGCAGGUCUUUCAGAGUGCGCAGGAGCUUCUGCAAGGCUACCAGGUUCACCCAGAGAUCCAGGCUCAAAUGUUUGCUUACCUCUUCUUCUUCUCCAACGUGUCACUGUUUAACCAACUGAUGGACAAAGGUCCGUCUCGGGGUUGGUUCCAGCGUUCCAAAAUGCUGCAGAUUCAGGCGUGCUUGAGGAUGGUCAUGGAGUGGGCGAGCAGGUCCGGUCUGGGACAUCUGGCUGAAAAAUUCUUCACCAAACUCAACAGCACAGUGUCCAUAUUGGCCACGCCCCCCCAACAGCUCACUCAGUUGGGGUGGCGAGCGCUGUCCAGUGAGCACCCAACUCUGAAACCAGUCCAGCUCCACCGCAUUCUCACUCAGUACCAGCUCACAGCAGAGAUAGGCCCCGUUCCAAUUUGGCAACCCAGCAGCGAGGACGAGCCGUACAUAUACAGAACAGUCGACCUCCUGGAGAGCUUUGAGAACCACCCUCCAAUUGUGCUGCCCAGCUCGGGCUUCAGAGUGGACCUGGACAGCGAGUGUGUUGAAGACAGCAUCUACAGACAGCUGCUCUACAUCCGCCACUACCUGUGGGGGCUCCGCACCAAGACGCAAACACACACCAACACUCCCAGUGUGCAGACACACUCCAAUGGAACCAACACAGCUGACUGGCCGGAAGUUCAGAGGGAGCUGCUACCUCCGAGCCACAGCAGUCCCCGUUCAGGGGGUCCAGGGGACGACGGGCCAGGAGAGCCAGGAGAGGAGAGAGGACGGGACAGACCCUCAGGCCAGUCUCACACACACAGCCUCAGACGGAACGGCACCAUUCACCACCCUCGAACUGCAAAUCCAGACCCGUCCUGCCUCCUGACUCCUCCCAAUACCCCCUUGUACCCUGAAGGAGGAGGCGGAGGAGGGCCUGUGCCGCUCAUCGGCACCAACGUUCAGACCAACGGCUGCACUGGCAGGACUGUGGCUGAAUGUAAAAAGACCAAUGGACUCAUCACCAACGGACUGGAGGUGGAACUGGACAAGGGACCCUACGGACUGGGCAUGGGACUCAUAGACGGCCUGCACACUCCUCUCAACGCUCCAGGCAUUUACAUCCGGACUCUGAUCCCCGAUGGACCAGCCGCCUCUGACGGCAGACUGAGGAUCGGAGACCGCAUCCUGGCAGUGAACGGUACCAGUCUGAUAGGAGCAGACUACCAGAGCGCGGUGGAUUUGAUUCGUCUGGGAGGGGGUCGACUGCGUUUCCUGGUAGCCAAGUCCGACCCAGAGGUCUCGGAGAAGAUCAGCGCCUCCUCCUGCUGAUUACCUCGGCCUCCCAGCUAAGACAUGCACAACGUGCUACACCGGAUUGGAGAUAGGAACUAACAAGGACUACAGAUGUGUGCACUGACAAACGGGAUACACACACCACUCUCACCCAAAGGACUACCUACGCCUCAUGAAAUAUGAAUGUGAAACCCAGCGUCUGCACGGCUCAGAGCCAAGCAGAUAACACUCCACGACUCCACUGAACAGCUGCCAUACCUGCUUCCCUCACGCAGACUCCUGCUGGGUUUGUGUAACAGACACAGUCUUAAACCCUCGGCGACUUCAAAGGAGCGAGGAAAGUUGGAAAGUUGCCUAAUUAAUCAGCGUUUGAGGUGGUUAGGUCUAACCAAUCAGUAUGCAGUGUGAGGCGGUUUAAAGCACAGCGGAUUCUCAUCAGUCAAGCCCAGAGGCACGUGUGACUUUGCCAACAGUAUUUUUGAGUCGUUUCUAUUAAAUUCCAGAUGUAAAUAGCACGCUGAGAUGCCUACCCAGCUCUCUGAAACAGGUGGAUACAAACUGAAGAUGUACUUUAGAAUUUUAGAAGUAUUUGCAGACAAAGUGAGCCUCAGUGAACCCCUGAAUGUUUUGUAAAUCCAUUUGUUAUAGCGAGCAGUAUCAGCGUCUACUGCACAGAUGCAAGUUUGUGAACGAAUGUUGACUUUUGCACUGAAGACUGGAAGAAAACGACAGAGGGAGUGAACUGAAAAAUCACUAGAAGUACAACCUCCACCUGUGACAUUGUACCUGGACUUUACCUUCACUUGGGGGGGGCACUUAGUUAAUAACCACACCAUGAAGACCACAUGCUCCACUCCAGACUCUCAGCUGCAUCCUUGCAGUGCAUUUAAACUGCAGCAUAAACAGCUGUUUGUAAAUAUUCAACAUUGUCUCACACAUAUUAUUUGGAUCUUCAAAAGAGAAGUCGCCUUUGGGAACGACUCGUGUUGUUGUGGGUUUUUUGUUUUUCCUGAAAUAUAUUCGAGACACUAAAGCCUACAGACGGAGAAAAGGGAAAGUGCGGUCAUUGGUUGUAAACUUUUUUUUUUGUAUGUCAUGUAUUUGUGUCGAACACGAAUGUAUUACAUAGCUAAAUGGUUUGCUCAACAACAUUACAAGAAAAGUGGUAGCCAUCCAUGCUGUUUGUGCUGGUUUGAAGGUUUAAAAUAUUGGGCUUGGAUAGCUGCCCGGAAUCGGAUAUAAUUCUCUUUAUUCUAAUUUUUCUACGAAUAAAACAAAUUUAGCAGCAGCAGUUAUUUUACCAGACAAACAUCCCAGCUGCUGUGGUAGAAUAGUACAACUUAAAGUACCUCCUGCUCCCGAUCACUUUACCUUGAUAGAAAAGAUCAGAAGGUGAGGACAAGAUGAAGAGAAGCCUGGAGCUCAGAGAGAGCUCGACUGCACCUUCUUAAUGUGAAGGUGGAUGUAAGCCUAGCUCUGCUGUGUAAAAACUACAAAGUCGUGAAGAUGGACUACAAAAAGCACCCAUGUGUGUCAGGUUGUUCCAUGCAUUUGGUGAAAGAAAAAAAAAAGAACCACUGUGGUAAAAUCACUGCAAUACCACGGUUGUGAUUUUUAAAGUAAAAUGAACAGACAGUCCAUGAAGUGAAAUUACAUUUUUGACAAAUUCGGAUUCAACCUGCAAAACAUCGCCCUUCACCCCGUGAAGCCUGAACCAUGAAGUACCUGAUAGAAUUUUUUUUUUUUUAAACCGAAGCUGCAGAAAAAUAAUAUAAAUUGGGAUAGGAGUUUUCAUUUGUAUUGUUUUUGCUACAUUUGCCAUUUUUAUGCGAUUUAUUAGUAGGUUUUUUAGAAAAAUACAAAAUAAAAUCUAACUGAUGAGUGUACCAUAUAUGAUACACUUGCCAUUGCGGGGUUAAGAAGCAGCUUAUCACAGCGGUGUGAUGUUCGAAGUUCAGCCGUGCCAGUUACGGUAUCAGACAGUGUCUCUAUCAGUUAUGAGAUGGCAUCAUCACAUUUCCUUUCCCCUCCUAAAGGAGGCAUGAAACCACCUUUGCUUUAUAAUGUAGAGCCAAGCUGACACGUCCAGAUCCCGCCACUCACUCCAAAUCCUUCCUCAGCAAAUCCAAGUAUUCGACCACAGCAUCAGCCAGUGCUACAAGGGUCACCUGACUGACCAUAACCACCAAUCACAGCAGGGCAUCCAUUUCUAGCUUCACCUUACCAUCUGAUAAUGUUUUCUAGAGUUGUAACUGGCUGGUUAUUUGCACUGUGGAUUUUUUUUUUUUUAAGCAAAGUGUGAAACUCUGCAUCAGAUAUUUGCCAGUUUUACUUAAACCAUAGUUUUGCUGAUCAUUUCUGCAGUUUGAAACUUGUUGGGUGUUUUCAUGGUUUUGCCCUUUUUUCCCAGUUUUGUUUCUUCCUUCCUUUUUUGCAGUAACAUUUUCCUUUUGUGCGUUUCAGGGUUUGUAUGGCAUUGAUCUCGUGCAUGUUGACCCUCUUUUGGUCAUUAUUUAUACUGUUAACAAUGACUUCAGAAUAAAGUUUGUUGGAUACUCGAGUUUUGAAUGG